CAUAGUGAUCGGAAGUUUAUUUUUCCGAGAAACUGUGUGUCAAGAGAAAGAGGCAUUUCUUAAUAAUGAUUAGUCAGAUACAUAGCAAAGAAGGAGAAGAAGAAGAAGAAGAAAAGAAAAUAAUUAAGGAAGUGAAAUGUGAAAAAAGGAGAGCAAAAUGACUUCCCAAAGGGGGACCCACCCUAUAAACUUUGACAGCAUUUCCUCCUAGCCACCUGCAUAAAAGUGACCAGCACUUUCCAAAUGGCAAAGAGCACACAGAGAGAAGACACAGGAGCAGCUGGAAGGAUUGCAGUGAGAGGAUAUGAAGGCACAGGGUGUUGCCCUCUGGCUCCUGGGUACUGCACUUGUCCUGUGCUCCAUGUACACGCAUGGGUUCAGGAGGUGCCUAACUUCUGUGGACAUGCAUCACCUAGAAGAGUGUUUCCAAGAAAUCAAAAGAGCCGUCCAAACCAAGGACAUCUUCCCAAACAUCACCAUCUUGUCCACAGUGGAGACCCUGAGGAGUGUUAAGCCCAUGGAUGUGUGCUGUGUGACCAAGAAUCUCCUGGAGUUCUACAUGGACCGGGUUUUCAAGGACCAUCAGGAGCUGAAGCCUCAGAUCUUGAGAAGAAUCAGCAGCAUUGCCAACUCUUUCCUCUACAUGCAGAAAACCCUGCAGCAGUGUCAGGUGCAGAGACGGUGUCACUGCAGUGAGGAAGCUACCAAUGCAACCAGAAUGGUGCAUGACAACUACGAUCAGCUGGAAGUUCCUUCUGCUGCCACUAAAUCUCUGGGAGAACUCGAUGUCUUUCUAGCUUGGAUUGAGAAGAAUCAUCAGGAAACUUCACCUGCCUGACACCAGGAGCUGAUCCAAGGGUGAACACUUCGUGUUUCCUGAGGAGACAGCUGACUUUGAAGGCAAGAGAGAUGGAGAGGUCACUCCAUGUUCACUGAAGUGGAGGUCUUUUCAAAGAAACUGACUUCUCUCCUCCGGAACUGGGGCAUUGUAGGGAAAAACCUGAGCCUGAGCAGAUCUCACCCUGCAGCCCAAGUCUCCCAGGCAGGUUUCUGGCUGUCUGAUCCCACUUGAAAAUAGCCAGAUUGUCUACGGUGAUAUUUAUGAUGAAACAGGUCAUUUGAAAGCCCUCAGAGCCAUCCUGGAAGGAGAGGGUUGUUUCCCCAUUAACUUAUUGCAAAGUUGCCUCUCCCACGGCGGUGUUGUGAGCUAUGUAGUCUCCUGUAGUACAUAUUGUACUGCCUGACACUUCUGAAUAAACUCUGCUGUACUUAUGAGUGGAAA